GGAAAGGCUAAAAUCACGAUACUUUCGCAAUGUUUAAUUUUACAAUAACUGUCAGACUUCUUGCAAGCUCAUUGGCUCAUUUUCUAUCGUCAAUAAGGGUGUAGUCACACAGAUGAUGCAAUCACGCGCGGACCUUGAACAUUUUGCCAGACGUUUUACAGCGUCUGUAAUAUAAUCGUUUAAGCCCGAGUCUCAGACUCAUUUUCACUAAAAGAAAUUCAGGUUCCCUUGCGCUUUAAUUUGGCUUAUUGCUUCCUCUCUUCGGAGUUUACACGCUUGAUUAAUUAUUUUUGGCUUUCAAAUUUAUAAAAGAAGAAGUACAAAUUGACGUGCGCUUUUUAUGCGUCUCCACUACAUCUCUUUGAUCCAGAGCUGUUUUGGCAAUGCUAUGACGCAAGUUAUCAUUGAUAAGAGGACAUACGCAUAGAGCUGCCAUCCAUCGAAAAUAUUUUCUAACUUCCCAACUGGAAUCUAAACAACGUAAUGGCAGUAACGCAUAACAUCCCAGAUAUUAAUUGACCAGCAAAUUUUCUUUUCAUUUUCAGAUUGCACGGAGAACGUGAACCAAUCUUUUGGGCAACUGGAUAUCAGCUAUUCAAAUAAUUUUGACCCAUACUGUAACUGGAUAGUUGGGAAUGCUGGGAUACCUCAGGCAGUUGCCAUUGUUUCCAUUCACCAACUCAACUUCACUGGCUACGGCAGUGAUUACGUCAAAUUGUAUGAUGGAAAUGGGACUGAGGUUUUUGCCAGACAUGGAUGGGAUUCCACGUCCUCUAACAGGAGUUUGCAGCAAGUGUCCUUUGGAGAAUCCAAAAAUAUCACCAUUCAAGUCUCUCUGGUUGACCCGUCGAACUUUGUCAAAAUUGAUUACGGCUUGUUGAUGCAACCGCUGACAUUAGCUACCCUAUUGAAUGAUUGGAGCGUAACCGUCGUAAGCCGAACAGCGAGAAGUAUCGGGAUAAGUUGGAGCAGCCCAACCAGUCUUCUCAACGGUGAAAUUCGUUUUUAUGUUGCCCUUGCCAGAAAGAUAAACAGCAGCAGCAAGUCAAUUGGCGAAAUACUGGCUGGGAAUGCAACAGCAUCGCAGAUUACUAAACUGAAUGAGUACACCGAGUAUAAAGUUAGCGUUAUAGCUGUGAAUGGCAAUGGAAUGCCGUUUAAGAGUGCAGAAGUCUCAGUUAUGACCGAUGAAGGGGUUCCUAGUAGAGCGCCAAAUGGUCUUCGAGUGACAAGCUCUAAUUUUACCUCUGAGCUUCUGGUGGAGUGGUACCCUCUUUCGCAGCAGUACGCCAAUGGUAAGCUCUUAGGGUACACAAUCUACUACCAAGAUUACAACUAUUUUUGGUCGCCACACGAAAGCGUCAACACAAGUAGUCCUUCCCCUACACGAUUCACCUUAAAAGGACUUAAGCCAGCACACGAGUACCUCGUUGCAGUGGCCGCUUUUACGUCAAAGGGAGUAGGACCAAAGUCGGCCCAUGAACACGCUAUCACAGGCUGUUCAACAACUUUAAAUGAGACGUUUGGCCAAAUAGAAUUGACUACAACAAGCUACCGUGAUGUUCGAUGUACCUGGAAGAUACACAGUGCUGGCAUCAGUGAAGCCGUUGCUUUCGUUACCGUUCAAGAAUUAAAUCUCUACUAUUGCAGCGAAUUUGUCAAGAUUGCCAAUGGAUACGGAAAUGAGGUUCUCUACCACCUUGGGUGUGUGUCAUUUGCUCCAGAAAUUCUAGCGUAUGUUUCUUUUGGUCUUUCAAAUAACAUCUCCAUUCAAGUUUUCACACAAAGUUAUGGCAACAGUGUGAAAAUGAAGUACGCCGUUUUGAAAAAGGGUCUCGCGUCAGCCAUUAUGGUUUCCGGAUGGAAUAUGACAGUCUUUAACCUUUCAUCCACAAGCUUUAACGUUCAUUGGACAAAGCUCGAUAAAGUAGUUAACCGGUUUGCAAAGUUCUACAUAGUUGAAAUAAAAAGCUUCCAAGGUACUAUACUGACGGUAGAGACUGUUCCUGAAAAUGGUACAAGUACAAUUAUCAAGGGACUUGGGCCUUCUACGAAAUACCGUGUAGUUGUUUUUGGCGUUGAUAGCAUUGGACAACCAUACAAAAGCUUGGAGACUACUAUUACUACUACCACAGUAACUUGCGGCUCCCGACCAAGUGCGACUCGAAUUGUGGGUGGUACAGUUGCACCUGUCAACAGCUGGCCAUGGCAGGUGAUGUUGACAAACGAGUAUGGAAAUCAGUUUUGUGGCGGCUCAUUAGUGGAUACUUAUUGGGUGGUGACAGCGGCUCAUUGCUUGGAUGGAAAAACACCAUCUAGUGUGAGGAUAAGAUUGGGAGCCCAUUACAAAACAUAUGGCAGCGUUGGAACGGAGCAAGACAUCAGAGUUGCAAAAAUUAUCAUGCACGAUAAUUACGGCUUUCCCCUAUCACUAAGCAAUGAUAUUGGCUUAAUCAAUCUCGCAAGUCCAGCUGAUCUUGGAGUAGGAGUUGGUCUUGUUUGUUUGCCAGAUACCAACUAUCAGCUUCCCUUUGAUAACCCUAACAAAACGUGCUGGACAACUGGUUGGGGAAGGUUAUAUUGGUGGGGCCCCUCACCAAAUACAUUGAUGCAAGUAUCCGUGCCACUUGUGUCAAAACAACGUUGCGAGAAUGCUCAUCCUGGCGAAAUAGACGACUCAAUGCUCUGCGUUGGUCGAGAUGAAGGAGGUAUUAGUCCGUGUAACGGUGAUAGUGGUGGGCCCUUAGUGUGCGAGUUUAAUGGUACGUGGUAUCUCGAGGGAGCCACCAGCUGGGGAUACGGAUGUGAUCAUUUUUCGAUGUACGCUAACAUUCGCGACUUGAAAUCGUGGAUAUUAACAAAUAUGUACACGGUCGUAGCACCUAGUGCAUCUCCAAAUAACCAAUCAUCAUCUGCAUUAGUCUGGUGUGAUUUUGACCACGGUUUGUGUUCUGGAUGGAGUCAGUCUAGAGCGGAUGAUUUUGACUGGACGCUUGCAUCUGGUUCAACACCUUCGUCGUCUACAGGUCCAUCUCACGAUCAAGGAGGGUCAGGUAAUUACAUGUACAUCGAGGCGUCUUCUCCAAGAACACCUGGAGAAAAUGCGAAACUUGUGUUGACAGUUCCAAAUAGUGGCAAUCAGUCGUGUCUUUCAUUUUACUAUCACAUGUAUGGGGCAUCGGCUGGAACUCUCAAUGUAUACAAUGGAAAUAUCAAAGUCUUUUCCGUGUCCGGAAACCAGGGAGAUAAUUGGUUGAUGGUGGAAAGAAACUUGUAUUUGGAUAGAGUGGUUACAUUUGAAGGAAUAACUGGCAGCUCAUAUACAGGUGAUGUCGCCAUUGAUAAAGUGAAGAUUACUGAGGGAGACUGUCCAGUUUCAUGUAGUUUUGACAACGGUUUGUGCCUCGGUUGGAGUCAAUCCUCUUCAGAUGUAUUUGAUUGGACACUUAACUCUGGACCCACACCAUCGUUUUCCACGGGACCAUCAUCAGAUCUUAGCGGAACUGGGAACUAUGUGUACACUGAAGCUACACCUCAGUCGCCGGGCGAUAAUGCUAAGCUCCAACUUGUUGUACCAAGAAGUAACUCAAAUUCGUGCUUCACGUUCUUCUAUCACAUGUAUGGAUACUCAAUGGGUACUCUGAACGUAUUCAAUGGAAAUACCACAAUAUUUACUGUGUCAGGAGAUCAGGGAGACUAUUGGAGAAAAGUGUCAAGGACAGUUAAUUCGAGCGACGUGCUGACAUUCGAAGGAAUAAGAGGAUGGUCAUACAAAAGUGACAUCGCCAUCGAUAACGUCACACUUAGUGAAGGAAACUGUCUAGGAACAGCUCCAGAAACUACAUCUUGCAACUUCGACAGAGGAUCAGUGUGUUCUAACUGGGAGCAGUCUUUGGCAGAUGUCUUCGACUGGACACCUCAUACAGGACCAACAUCGUCUGAUGGCACGGGCCCAAAUUACGAUCAUACCAGUGGGACAGGAUACUACAUGUAUAUUGAGACAUCUUCGCCCCGAGUUGCCGGUGAUAACGCAAAGCUUGAGUUCUCUGUAUCUGGAAAUGGAAAACUUUCUUGUCUCGAGUUCUAUUACCACAUGUAUGGAGACAGUAUGGGCACUCUGAAAGUGUACAGCGGAAAUUUGUUAGUAUUCAGCACGUCAGGAAACCAUGGCAACCACUGGAAAAAAGCGGUAGUAACUAUUCAUCUGGACAACAUCGUGACAUUCGAAGGAGUAGCAGGAUCCUCUUAUACGAGUGAUUUAGCUAUUGAUGAUGUCGCGAUUAGCAGUGGAAGCUGCCCAGCACCAACAAGUACAUCUUGCGACUUCGACACGGGGCUUUGUAACGGCUGGCGACAGCCGUCUUGUUCAGACGUCUUUGACUGGACACGUCAGACAGGAUCAACAUGGUCUUCAGAUACAGGUCCAGAUUUCGACCACACCAGUGGGUCAGGAUACUACAUGUAUAUCGAGACGUCUUUGCCUCGGGUCGCCGGUGAUAACGCAAAACUUGAGAUCUCUGUAUCUGGAAAUAGAGAGCUGUCUUGUCUGGAGUUCUAUUAUCACAUGUACGGCAGCACCAUGGGAAGUCUGAAUGUCUUCAGCGGAAAUGUGCUGGUAUUCAGCUUAUCAGGAGACCAGGGUGACUACUGGAUAAAAGUGGAGAAAACCAUUUAUUUGGAUAAUACUGUCACGUUUGAAGGAAUAGCAGGUUCCUCUUACAUGGGUGACUUAGCCAUCGAUGAUGUCUCGAUUAGCAAUGGAAGUUGCCAGGGACAAGCUACACCUCCACCGUCACUUCCAACUGUCUCACCAGAGAGUACAUCUUGCAACUUUGACAGUGGACUUUGUUGCUGGCGACAGUCUAACCUAGAUGUCUUUGACUGGACACUAAACACUGGAUCAACAGGGUCUUCAAAUACAGGUCCAGAUUAUGAUCAUACCAGUGGGUCAGGAAGCUACGUGUAUAUCGAGACAUCUUCACCUCGACAAUAUGGAGAUAACGCAAAACUGGAAUUUUCAGUGUCGAAUUCUGAAAUUGGGAAGUUGGCCUGCCUGAGGUUUUAUUAUCACAUGUAUGGGGAAACAAUAAACACGCUCAAUGUCUACAAUGGAAUUACCAGGACGUUUACUAAAUCUGGAAACCAAGGAAACGAAUGGUUGAACGCGAAACUCACCAUGACUUUGCAAGCCAGAAUUACGUUCGAGGGCAUUCGUGGAUCCUCCUUUACAGGUGACAUUGCUAUUGAUGACGUAUCCAUUGUCAGUGGAAUCUGUCAAGAGUGUACUGAAAACGUGAAUCAGUCCUUUGGGAGACUGGAUAUCAGUUACUCGAACAAAUUUGACCCAUACUGUAACUGGAUAAUUGGGAAUGCUGGGAUACCUCAGGCAGUUGCCAUUGUUUCCAUCCAUCAAAUGCACUUCAGUGGUUACGGCAGUGAAUACGUAAAAAUGUUUGAUGGAUAUGGCACCGAGGUUUUUGUCCGCCAUGGAUGGAAUUCCACUUCCUCUAACAAGAGUUCGAGUUUGCAGCAAAUUUCCUUCGAAGACUCAAAAAAUAUCACCAUUCAGGUCUCUCUCGUCAACCAAUGGAGCUAUGUCAAAAUAUCUUACGGCACUCUGAAGAAACCUCUGAAUUUAGCUUUCCUCCUGGCUGGCUGGAGCGUAACCGUUGUAAGCAAAUCAGCAAAAAGUAUCGGGGUAAGCUGGAGUAGCCCAACCAGUCUCCUCAACAGUGGAAUUCGUUUUUACGUUGCUCUCGCCAAAAAGCCUAACAGCAGCAGCGAGCAAGUUGGCAAAAUAGUGACUGAAAAUGUUACAGCAUCGGAGAUAACUGAACUGGAUGAGUACGCCGAGUAUAACGUUAGUGUUGUAGCUGUGGAUAGCAAUGGAGUGCCUUUUAAAAGUGCAGAGGUCUUAGUUAUGACCGAUGAAGGAGUUCCUAGUAGAGCGCCAAAUGGUCUUCAAGUGACAAGCUUUGAGUUUACAUCCGACCUUCUGGUGGAGUGGAACCCUCUUUCCCAGCAAUACGCCAAUGGUAAACUCUUAGGGUACACAAUCUACUAUCGAGACUACAACAUUUUUUGGUCAACAUAUAAAAGUGUCAACACAAGUAAUCCUUCCCCUACACGAUUUACCUUGAAAGGACUUAAGCCAGCACACGAGUACCGGAAGUAUAUGUACACUGAAGCUUCACCUCAGUUACCGGGCGAUAAUGCUAAGCUCCAGCUUGUAGUACCAAGAAGCCUGGGUAGCUCAACUUCAUGCUUGACGUUCUUCUAUCACAUGUAUGGAUCAUCGAUGGGUACCCUGAACGUAUUCAAUGGAAAUAGCUCAAUAUUUACUGCGUCCGGAGAUCAUGGAAACUAUUGGAGAAAAGUUACAAGGACAAUAAAUUCGAGCAACAUUUUGACAUUCGAAGGAAUAAGAGGAAGGUCAUACACCAGUGACAUCGCAAUCGAUAACGUAACAGUUAGCGAAGGAAAUUGUCCAGGGAAGUAUAUGUACACUGAAGCUUCACCUCAGUUACCGGGCGAUAAUGCUAAGCUCCAGCUUGUAGUACCAAGAAGCCUGGGUAGCUCAACUUCAUGCUUGACGUUCUUCUAUCACAUGUAUGGAUCAUCGAUGGGUACCCUGAACGUAUUCAAUGGAAAUAGCUCAAUAUUUACUGCGUCCGGAGAUCAUGGAAACUAUUGGAGAAAAGUUACAAGGACAAUAAAUUCGAGCAACAUUUUGACAUUCGAAGGAAUAAGAGGAAGGUCAUACACCAGUGACAUCGCAAUCGAUAACGUAACAGUUAGCGAAGGAAAUUGUCCAGUUAGUACAUCUUGCAACUUCGACCGAGGGCUUUGUGAUGGCUGGGAACAGUCUUUCUCAGACGUCUUUGACUGGACACGUCAGACAGGAUCAACAUGGUCUUCAGAUACAGGUCCAGAUUACGAUCAUACCAGUGCGACAGGAUACUACAUGUAUAUCGAGGCAUCUUCGCCCCGGGUCGCCGGUGAUAACGCGAAGCUUGAGUUCUCUGUAUCUGGAAAUGGAGAACCGUCUUGCCUCGAGUUCUAUUAUCACAUGUACGGAGACACUAUGGGCACCCUUACAGUAUUCAGCGGAAGUGUGGUAGUUUUCAACGUCUCAGGUAACCAUGGCAACUACUGGAAAAAGGCGGAAAGAACCAUUCAUUUGGAUAACAUUGUGAGUUUUGAUUGGUAG